GUACCUAUCUAUCGAUAUUCGUUACUAGCUUUAAAGGCAGCUAACUAAUUGUGACAAUAGUGAUUCAAUAACUGCAUUUCAGAAUGGAUUUCGAAGUGAAUGAAAACCUGGCAGAUACAAAUAUUUUGAAAGGAGAAGAAAUCGUAAUCAGUGGUAUAUCAGGAGUAUUUCCAAAUUCAGAUAAUGUAGUGGACUUCAUGCGUAAUUUAUAUGAUAAGGUUGACAUGAUCUCAGACAUCCCACGCUGGGCAUUGAAGAGUGCGGAUAUACCAAAGCACUUAGGAAAAAUUAAUGGUGUGGAGAAAUUUGACGCUCAAUUCUUCAAGGUUGGUUAUCAAUUGACCUGCGUAUUAGAUCCACUAUCGAGGAAACUUUUAGAACAAACUUAUGGAGCUAUUUUCGACUCUGGAACAAAUUUAACAUCACUAAAAGGGAAGAAAGUUGGAGUGUUCAUUGGCACAUCUCUCGCUGACACCGGGACGAUGCUCAUGUACGAUGUGUCCAAUAGAAGUGAUUUCGUAAUCAACGGCGCCAGCAAAGCGAUGUUUGCGAACCGAAUAUCGUAUUGGAUGGAUGCCAAAGGUCCGUCGUACGGACUGGACUGCUCUUGUGCCAGCUCCGCGGUGUGCCUGGAACAGGCCUACAGGAGCAUGAAGUUAGAUGAAUGUGAAGCGGCUGUGGUCGGCGGAUGCAGCUUCUGUCUGGAUCCCAUACUUUCUGGGAACAUGCGGAGAGCUGGUCUACUAUGCUUAGAUGGAAAGACAAAAUGUUUUGACAAGCACGGCGAUGGGUAUGUGAGGGCCGAAGCUAUAAGUGUUAUUUUUCUACAAAAAGCAAAGGAUGCGAAAAGAAUAUAUGCAGAAGUAUACCAUGCAAAGAGCUCGUAUAACUUGAGGCCGGAUGCUGAAUUUCUCCCGCUGCGAACGCCGGAAAACAUACAAGGAUUUCUCAAAGAAUUUUAUUCUGAAAUUGACAUCAAGCCUACACAAGUGGAAUACGUUGAAGCUCAUGGUGCAGGUAUUGCUCAAGCCGACGCUAAUGAGAUCACAGCACUUAACAAAGUAUUUGUCGACGAUAAGCCGGUUAAGAUCGGCUGUGUCAAGUCUAACAUGGGACACGCAGAUGCUGCUUCGGGUAUCUGCGGUAUCACUAAGCUAUGCCUUGCAUACCAUCAAGGGAAACUUGCCCCAAAUUUACAUUACAAUGAACCUCAAGACCUGGCGGCUAUUAGAGAUGAAAGAGUUCAAGUAGUAACAGAGCCCACACCUUUCAGUCGAGGUUACACGGCACUUAACAACUUUUCUUACAACGGAGUUGAUUGUCAUCUUCUAUUAAAAGGACAUUUUAAGGAAAAGGAUCCACAGAAAUACAGAUUGAAUAUUCCUUACCUGAUCCUCGCAUCGGGAAGGCAAGAUGAAUCUGUGCAGAAAAUUUUAGAUCUACUCAAAAAGCAUCCACUAGAUCCAGAACAAAUAGCUUUACUGCAUAGCGCUUUCGAACAUGAUAUAUUUGGUCAUACUAGUCGAGGCUAUACAAUAUUAGAUACAAACAGUAAGAACGAGAUAAUUCCACUCAAAGAAAGUGUUGAAUAUUAUGCUGGACUCAAAAGGCCUGUUUGGUUUGUGUUCAGCGGUAUGGGUUCUCAAUGGACGGGAAUGGGAGCUGAUUUAAUGAAAAUAAAUACUUUUGCUGCAGCCAUUGAAAAAUGUCGAAAAGUUUUAGAGCCAAAGAACAUAGACAUUGUCAAAAUUAUAACUGGAGGAGAUAAAAGUUUGUUAGAAAGUACACUGAAUUCGUUCGUUGGCAUUGCAGCUGUUCAAGCCGGCCUCAUUGAUAUAAUUAAAGAACUGGGUAUUGUCCCGGAUUACAUAUUUGGUCACAGUUUGGGCGAAAUGGCUUGCUCAUACUAUGAUGGGUCUUUUACGAUUGAAGAAUUCAUUUUGACUGCAUUUACGCGAGGGUUUUUAAGUACCCAAUCAUCGGUCAUCGAAGGAUGUAUGGCUGCCGUUGGACUUGGAUAUCAGAGUAUUGCAAGUCAAUGUCCUCCGGAAAUAGAUAUUGCCUGCCACAAUAGUUUUGAAUCUACUACCAUAUCAGGACCGGCGGAAGUCACAAAAUUGUUCGUAGAUGAUCUAAAGAAGCGUGGUAUUUUUGCAAAAGAAGUUCCAAGCGGAAAUGUUCCCUUUCAUUCCAGAUAUAUUGGCGUCAUCGGACAAACACUUUUAGAAUCUUUACAAAAAAUUAUUAAGGAACCUAAGCCUCGUAGCGAGAAAUGGCUGUCCACAUCCGUGCCACAACACAAAUGGAACGAAUUAUCGGCAAAGUAUUCUUCUCCUGAAUACCAUACCAAUAACACGCUGAGCCCAGUUCUUUUCCAUGAAGUCACAAAAUUAAUACCAGAUGACGCUGUUGUAAUAGAAAUAGCACCCCACGGUCUUCUCCAAGCCAUUCUUAAGAGAUCUUUGAAAGACUGUAUUCAUAUUCCAUUGACGAAACGUGGAACGAAUGAUAGUGUUCAAUUUUUAUUGGAAGCGAUUGGGAAGAUAUACGCAGCAGGUUUGCAUCCUAAAAUUGAGAAGCUGUACCCUAAAAUAGAGUUUCCGGUCGCUACUCAAACACCUUUUUUGUCCAAUUUUGUUGCAUGGGAACACAGUGAGGAUUGGCCGCAACUAUCAUACGAGUCCGGAGAAAAAUUUACGGCUAUCUCACGAGAUGUCAUCAUUUCUAUUCACGACGACGAUUACAAAUUCUUGGAAGGACAUUUGAGGAACGGACUAAACAUAUUAUCUGAAGCUAAAAUAUUAGUUCUACUUUGGGAAACACUGGCCAUGUACAAGAAUAUGGAUUACAGAUACCUUUCUGUUAUAUUCAAAGACAUACAUUUUCAUAGGGAAGUUGAAAUUAAACGCGACAUUCCGCUAAGACUAUCUAUAAGUAUAACUAAAGGAAACAAUAAGUUCGAGGUUAUCCAUGAAAAUAUGAUAGUGGUCAGUGGAAUCGUUCGUGGCGUGAAAGUUUUCAAGUUUCACCAUGACAUAGACGAAACCGAAUUUCAUGAAGAUGAAAUUUUACUUAACAACGAAGAUAUUUACGAAAUUCUAAAGUUGCGUGGACACUAUUACACAGGUGAACAUAAAUCUAUAGCAUCAACGAACUUAGAACGGAAUAAGGCGAUAGUUCGGUGGAACAAUAAUUGGGCCUUAUAUCUAGAUUCACUCAUACAACUGAACAUAUUGGCUAAUGAGCACGAGGGCUUGUCAAUCCCGAAAUUUAUUGGAAAAAUAAGGAUCAGUGUGUUCGAACAUGAAAAGGCUAAACAAAAAGUUGAUAAUUCGAUUGAUUGUCAUGUAGCCAAUAUCAUUGAUACAUAUGGAGUAACAAGGUGCGCAGGAGUUGAGAUAGACCGCUUAAUUUUCACCGAGAAAGCAGUUAUAGACAAAGAGGCAGACGGCCUACAAAUAUUAACGUUCUGUCCACAAUAUCCAACCGAGGAAGUUAGUUUACAGCGAGCUGUUAAUGUGGUUUUAAAGAUAGUAGCAGAGAAUUCAAUUUCACAAAAAAUUAUAAUAAUUAAAUCAGCCUCCUUAAGUGUCGGUGUAUCUGAGACUAUUGAGAAAGUAAUUCAGACUGAACCAAUGGAGGUGGAACUUGAUACUUUAGAUAUUGACAAUUCUCAAAAAAAGAUUAAUAGUAUGCUCGUGGUUGAUGAUGAACUAUCUAAAGUCAACUUAGUCAUUAUCGACAAUAUUGUGAACGAUAAACAAAAAUUAACAAAAAUACAAAGGAUAAUCUCAGAGGAUACAUUCUUAUUAACAUUCGAACAAGACUUACCGAAAAUUCAUCUAAUUAAGAAUUAUUUUAACGUAAUAACGUGCAUGUCAAAUGGAAAUGAAAUACUUAUACUUUUGAAGAGAAUCCCUCUACAUCGAGUAGAUCGUACAUGCAUACCCAUUAACGAUACAUGUAAAUAUGGUUGGAUGGAUGUGUCAGAGGAGUUGAAGAAAACAAACGUAAUUAUGAUAUCCGAUAGGCAAAGUUUUUGCGGUAUUUCAGGAUUGGUUAAGAAAAUAAGAAGAGAAGGAUGCCAAAAAUUAUCUGCUAUAAGUAUAGAAGAUACUUGUGCACCGAAGUUUGAUCCUGACCAUUCAUUUUACAAAAACCAAUUGGAUUUGAAUUUGGCUAACAAUGUUUUUAAAAAGGGGCAAUGGGGAGGCUACUACUACACAUCAAGUGAGAAGUCAGCAAGCGUUCGUAACGUGAUCCUAAUUAACAAACAACCCGGCAGCAUUGAUGAAUUGACGUGGGCUGAAGCUCCAGUUACAACUGAUAGUGAACGCGUUGAGGUUUGGUAUGCAGGACUGUCACUAAGAGAUUGCCAGAAGGCUGUUAGUUGUGAGAAUAACAACAGAUCGUAUUUCGGAAUGGACUUCAGUGGCUAUAAUUCAAAAGGCGAGAAAAUAAUGGGUUUGGUACGCGAAGGGUCGUUAUCUAGCUCAGUGGAAGCUGAUCCAGAUCUAACGUGGUCAGUACCUGAACACUGGACGCUUGAAGACGCAGCCACCGUUCCCCUAGCGUAUCUUCAUGCCUUCUAUUGCUUGGCACUAAGGAGCAAUGUUUCUAGUGGAAAAACAGUAUUCAUCACGGGAGGCGCUGGGGCUCUGGGACAAGCAGUCAUCUCCAUAUGCCUGGCUAUGAACUGUUCUAUUUACACAACCGUAAAAGAUAUUUAUAAGAAGAACUUUUUAUUGCAGCUAUUCCCUGAACUUCCAGAAAGUCACAUCGGAUUUUCGCACCUUGAAGCUUUAUAUAACAUGCCUGUAUUUAAUUCUGAGAAUAAACGUUGCGAUAUAAUUAUAAAUUUAGACAGCGGUCAUCUACGAGAGGCUUUGAUGAAAUGUGUCAGAGCCAGUGGCAUAUUUUUGGACAUCAGCAAAUCAGACAUGAAUAAAAACAAAGAUUUCUACAUGGGGUUUAUCCGAGGCGAUAGAUCGUAUAAGGCUGUUGAUUUUUCUAAUAUUUUCAGGAUUGAAUUCGCUGAAGACAAGAAGAUUUUACGAAACAUGAUAGCUCAAGGUAUUGCAAAAGGUAUUGUUAGGCCUUUAAGUAGAGUCGUUUACCCAAAUAUAGCAGUUACGAAAGCCUUUAAACUUCUGUCGUCAAGUAAACAUAAAGGAAAGGUUUUAGUUCAAAUGAAGGAUCCCGAUUUCAAAAUUGAACAAAAUAUCCCUUCAAGAAUGACAUAUUUACCAAAUGCAGUUUAUAUAGUCGUCUGUGAUGAUACCUAUUUGGGUAUUGAGUUUGCUGAUAAUAUUAUCAAAAAGGGAGCCAGAAAAGUCAUGAUCAAUACGAACAAUGAAAUAUCUGGAUACGUUUAUUCAAAAUUGAUGAUAUGGCAUAAGCUUACUGCAGCAGUCAAACUUACUUCAUACUUGUUAAACACAAAAGAAGGAUGUACUCGGCUGCUUAAGGAUAGUGCCAAAAUCGGACAACUAAAAGGAAUAUUUGUAGUUAGUAAUUCAGAAAGAAGAGAAGAAGAUACAGAAGGUUCGAGAAAAAAAGAAAAACAAAUAAAUAUUGAAUUACUCGUUUAUAAUUUGGACGUCGUUUCCAGAAGUAUUUGUAAUGGACUAAGUAAUUUCGUGUUGAUCUCGAAGUAUUCCCAAAGUGAUACUUACGAAUAUCAAAUGGGAACCGUUGAGAAAAUAUUUGAAGCGCGAAAUGAAAUGGCCCUAACAAGUCUAGUUGUACGCUACGACGGACUGGACACAUUCACAGAUGUUUCCCAAAACACGACUAAGAUACACAGGUCGACAUUAUUCGAUGCAGUGGAAAAGAGCAUCAGAUUAAACCAUAAAUACGUAUACGUCUACAAAUUGAGAAACAAAAAACCUUCGGACUACCAUCAAAUGAUUUCCAGAAUACUCGGCAUCAAAACUUUAGAUGGUGCUGAUGAUACGCACUUGAUAAGUGACUUCAAAUUGAAUGAAAUCCGUCUGUUGGAGCUGAAAAACUUAAUAAUGAAUUAUUUUAAAGUUGACUUCCCUGUUAAACAAAUACAAUCAAUGAGUCUUGAAAGUUUAAAAGAUCUUGGUAAAAUCAAGAAAAAGCCGGAUACUAAUUUUAAUAGUGGAUUAGGAGCUUUCAUUGCAUGUGUUGACGAUGAAGAAACCCAUGUUACUAUGUCGCAUAAUAUUGUUUCUAUGAAGACAUUGCUUAAUAAGAGUAUUGAGAAUGAUCUCGACCCCGAAAAUACCUUCAUAACCUUGAUCCCAGGGUUCGAAGGUCGUCACCAAAUAUUCGAAACUCUAGCUGAAACAUUAAAGGUUAAAGCAGUUGCCGUGCAUUUAAGUUCAGACAUAGCUAUGGAUAGUUUGCCAGAAAUUGCUGCCCAAGUUUGCAAGCUGAUGAAAACGAAGUUCAAAGUGAAAUCAAAGUUCUAUCUACUCGGUUAUUCAUUUGGAGUUAAUAUUGCUUUAGAAUUGGCUGCAAUUUUGGAAAAAGAAGGUCACGUUGGAACUGUUUACUGUUUAGAUAGCAGCCCGGAUGUAUUACGAGAUCAAUUAGGAGCUUACCUGGGUAAUCCAGACGAAAAUGAACUCCAAAACAAUGUAAUAGAACACAUAUACCAACUACUUACUAACCAAAACAGCCAAUUAGGAAAUAUCCUAUCAACAGCAGACACUUGGGAAGAAAAACUCCAUAUUGGCACAAAAGAAAUCAAAAAGUAUUCGGCUUUUUCUCACGAAUACAUAAGAUCUAUUGUUGAUGACACCUAUAAAAGAAUUGAACUUGCUAAAAAUUAUAAACCUGAUAUAAUUUUAGCAUCCGAAUUGGUUCUCAUUAAAGGAGUACCUCAUCCAUCUUCAAGAUUACUGCCCGAUGAUUACAAUUUGUCGAAGUACAGCAGUAAGCCUGUGAAAGUAUACCAAAUCGAUAUUGACCAUUCGCUGGCCACUUAUGAUUGUAGAGUUUCUAAUAUCAUCAAUUCUCUUCUUGAAAAUACUCUACUAGAAGAGUACAAGAAAAAUAAUCUUUGCGACGUAUACUUCAUGUAAAUCUAAAUUCGAUUUAGAAGCUGAUGAAAGAAAUAUAGAUAAUAUGAUAGAAAUUAAGAUAUCGCGAUUUUAUAAGACGAAUAAAUAUUUUAAAUAUAUACAA